CCGAAUGUCGUUGGUAGAACUAAAUUCCACAGUGUAUGCGUCUAGUUUUUUCUCCACUGCGUCGAUUUUUAUCUUCAUGUUUCCCGGAUACAACAAGCAGUUCAUUUCUCAAUUGAUCAAGAUAGUGUAGCAGCAACCAUGGCUUCCAACGACCCGCAGGAGAUCGAGAAGUUACAGGAGCAGAUCCACAAGGGCACGGAGGAGACCAAGACGUAUCUCGAGUCGCUCAAGGCCAAACUGGCCGAAUAUGACGCUCAUUACAACGUUUCCGAGACGGCCAGUUCCUAUCUACAGGCGGCCAUCGAGCGUACGCACAAAUCUGUGGAUGAACUAAAGGAACUGGGCGAAUCACUGAAGGAAAAGUCGAAGAACACGUCGGCGCCCGUCGUAGACGUGGCCAAGGCCUCAUUUAGCAAGGUGCAAGCGGCUCUCGACGGCCUCAAGGAGCGUGGCCGCAGCUACGAUGAGAAAUUCCGCGCCAGCGUCACGAGUUCCGUGGACUCUGUCAAGGGCGGCGUCUCGACGGCCACGAGCUCCGUAUCGACGUCAAUUGAGCACAUCGUUGUUACCACACGCGAGCGCAGCAGCUCGAGCUUCGAGCAACUUAAGGAGACACUCUUUAGCGCCGGUUAUGGCGCCUAUGUCGUCGCGGGUGGAGUCGUGGGCAAGGCCGAGGAGCUGGACGGUCGCUACGGCGUCGUAAACACGGUCUCGGGCGUCGUGGGUGCCGUGGCCGAAAAAGUUUCGGAUCUAGACCGCGCACUGGGCGUAUCAGCUACAGCCAUGAAAGUGGACGAGAAGGUGACAGGCGGAAUCGGCACUGACCUCGUGAACAAAGGUGUCGUGCUCGUCAACAACUCAGUAGAGUAUGUGACUGGCGCUCUACAGCAGGCCAAGAUGGCUGCCAAUGAAGAAUCGAAGGAGAAGGCACCCAAGACUGUUGAGGACGCCACAGAAGUAUCCAAGCCUUCCCCGAAGGACGCAUAAUGAUCACGACCACAAGGUAGGCGCGUGUUAUCGUCAGUAGCUUGCGCUUAAAUAUAUGAAUACAUUUACCAAGCAUUUCCAGGUUUCCAAAA